UGCUCCUUGCAUUUUUAAAGUUUUGGAGAUAUCGAAUCAUGUUCUCAUUUAUGCUUUUUUUCACUCUGUUUUCUUCCAUAUUUCCUGAACCUGAGGAGCUACGCUGGAUUUGCAACUCCUCUGAUAUGAGUAUUUGGUACACCUACUGUGAUAACAUGAAGUCCCCGAUUUCAAUAAAUCUUGAACCCUGUAUCGAACUGAAGGGAACCAGAGGUCAUUUGCACAUGCUCUUCGUUCCAAGAAGAGAUAUAAAAAAAUUAUAUUUCAACCUCUAUCUAACUAUGAACUCUCUGGAGUUUCCAAUGCGUAAAGAGGUUAUUUGCCGAGGAUCUGAUGAUGACUAUUCUUUUUGCAGAGCUCUGAAGGGAGAGACUGUGAAUACAACAGUAUCAUUCUCCUUCAGGGGAAUGCGAUUUCCUAAGGGACGAUACAGCUGUAUUGCAGAGGCCGUCGUUGGGAAUACUGAAGAAGCGCUCUUUUGUUUGAAUUUUACCCUCUUACACCAACCUAGUUUCAAUUAAUAAAUCCAGUCUAUUUUAAUUUUUAGAAUAAA